AAAUGAAUGACCAUAGAGCAAAUCGGUCCUUACAAAUACUCAAAAAAGUGUUGAUGCUUUCUAUAGUAAAUUACAACCAACCAAACAGAAAUUUUGGACAUUUCAUUUGUGUAAAACGAGUUUAAUAUCAAUUAAAUAAAGCUGAUUUAAUAUUAGUUUCUAAUAAACAAGACUCGAAGAGUGCAUUGGAAGCGAACAUCGACAGAUGGAAGUGUCCUUUGGUGUUGAAAAACUUGCAAUCUGCAUAAUCAGCUGUCAGUGAGAUAGAUCAUCUGUCCCUGUAAAUAUAAAAGCUAAAACAAUCAUAACACGUUACAGGAAAGUGAGUGUAAAUAAUGAAGUAAACAAUAAGGUUAAAAUGUGAGCUCAAACGGGGGCCGACGAGCACGUCUCCGACAGAUAUGGGAUAAUAACCUAUCAGCGUGCGAGGUGGUUCCAGCGGCCCGCUAUGGCUGGGCUCCCGUGAGGGGGUUACACGGAUCGGAUCACGGCAAAGCUGAAAUAUGUCCGGCGAGUUUCCUUUCGCGGCGAAAAUAGUGAGUCCCGUCAAGUGCAAUGAGAAGCCGUGGGAUCUGUGGGUCAGUGAGAUAGGGCACCUGUCGCCGCGGCGCGAUGAGGAGGCGGCGGCGCCGGAGCCCAAGGGCGGCGCGUCGCGGCGUCUGGACGCGGCGCCCUACAAGCCGGCGCGCUACCGCCGCGCGGGCAUCAACCGCCUCAAGCGCGACACCAUGAGCCUGCACGGACUCUUUCCGCAGAUGGACAGCCUCAACGCGGCCGUGUGCCACAUGUGCGGAGUGACAGUGAAGUGCAGCGCGGCCUACCGACACCUGCUCGACUCGCACUCCGGCGCCGAGCCCAUCCUCCCGCCGCCGCCGCCCGUCACCACAGUCAAAAGCAGAAGUCGGCAUAAAAAGGAAGCGCCCCCACCUAUCCCCGUUGACCUACAUCCAGUCAAGAUGGAAACGUCCCCUGUGCACACUGCAACGGCCCCAAUUUCGAGGGUGGUGCUCCCCCAACCCGAAAUGCAGUACCUGGAGGAGGCGGGGCCAUCGUCCGGAGUCACCGGGGAGGUCCAGGUGUGCGUGGAGUCGGGGGAGCUCCCCGUGGUCAGCAUACAGGACACUGAAGACCUCCCUCUUGGAGAAAACAUCACAGAUGACAUAAUCACAAUCAUGAAAUUCGAGGGCAUAUCGAGCGCCGACGACAUCGCCAAUUCGACUGACUGGAAAAACAUAAUGCAAGACAUCAGCAACAUGUCCGAUAUAAACUUCCCCCAUACCACCGAGCCUGUGUUACCCCAGGAUUUGUAUCCGACCGUUCAUCCUUCGACAUUAUCUGCCUACACGAUACCAGAGACUGAUCUUUCUAAUAUUCAGUUUGCGAACACCUCACCGAUGCUGCCUCCGGUGGUGGAGCCGGUCGUGAGCGCGCCCCCGCCGAAGCCGACGCCGACGACGCCGUCCACGAAGUCGACGUCGCGGUCGAAGACGAGCAAAACGAAGUUCAACCUCCGAGAGUACGACCCGAACAAGCACUGCGGCGUGGUCACCGCCGAGAACCCGAAGCCGUGCACGCGCUCGCUCACGUGCAAGGCGCACGCGCUGUCGCUGCGGCGGACGGUCGAGGGCCGCGCCAAGCCCUUCGACCAGCUGCUGGCCGAGCACCGCGCCUCGCGCGACGCCGCCGCCGCGCCGCCGCCGCCGCCGCCCGUGCUCCACCCGCCGCCGCCGCCGCUCCUCGUCAGCGCGCCCAUCGACCUCGGCUUCAACGGCUUCACGGAGCAGCAGCAGGUCGAGCACAUCUACGAGAGCCUGCUGGCCGACCCCACGGCGGCGCUGCCCGACACCACCGGCAUCACGUCGCUGCUCAGCCAGCCGCUGCCGGACCAGUUCCUGAUGCCGGACGACGCGGAGUUGCCGGCGGAGAUGCCGGCGCCGGUGCCGGCCGCGUCGCCGGAGCCGCCGCCGGACGAGGCGCCGCCGCCGCUGGUGCCGGGCGACGUGUGCUGGUACGCGGCGUGCCCGCGGCCGCUGGCGCUGUGCACGUUCAACGCGUCGCACGCGGGCGGCGCCGUCACGCUUGGCAAGAAGUUCGCGACCGUCCGCAGCAACAUCAAGUCCUCGCUGUCCCGCUCGUGCAAGGCGCCCGCGUCGAACAGCUACUACUAUAACCAGAACGCGUUGUCUCUAAAAACCGUGCACAUGAACGCUAGUAAAACGAACAAGCCCGAAGUGAGAAAACUUAUAGUGACGUGUAGUAACGGUGGGGGUAAGGUGCAACAGGCGCUGAGCGAACUGUUCGGGCCCGAGGUGCGGCACGCGCUGAACGGCCACGCGGGACUAGGGGAGCGCCGAAGGGCGAAGGCCCGGCGAGCGCCCGCGCCCGUUCUCGAUCUCGGCUUUUCCCUCGACGUCCUCGCCGACGAGAAGUGCUGAGCAAUAAGCAAUCACCGGUUGUGUAGUCACAUAAUUUGUAUAUUUAUUUUUCUGUAAAGAAUCGAAUCGGACGUUGGAUGUGAUCGAAUGAAUCCCGUGGAAUUUAAUGUUAUAAAAUCUCAUUUUU